AUGGCUUCUGCUAACCUCCCCACCACCAUCCGAGCUGUUUAUCAGAUCGAUCCUAAACUCACAACCCUCGAGCUCCGGCGAACUCCCCUUCCUAAACCGGCUGGUCCAGAUGACCAUCUUAUCAAGAUCAAGGCCACAGCUCCUUGUCUUGGUGAACUAGGAUGGGAAGUCAACUACCCGUCAAUUUUCCCACCAAACCGAGAGCGUGUUCCCGGAACUGAGGCUGCUGGCAUUGUCGCCACUUCACCAGGGUCCAGCCCUUUCAAGCCUGGUGAUGAAGUGUACUUUCGCCUCCAUGCAAGAUUCCCUGGAUGUUUGAGAGAAUACACAAUUGUUCACACCGAGGAGCUUGCUUUGAAGCCCAAGUCUCUGGACUGGGUUGAAGCCACUGCAACGCCACUGAGCACAUUGACUGCGUGGCAAGGAGUGUUUACCCAGGGGACCCUCAACAAGCACGGUAUUCGAGGUGAUGCAGACGCAAGGGCACAUAAUAGCAAGCUGAGAGUCCUGAUUACUGGCGCCGGAGGAAGCGUCGGAACCUGGGCCGUUCAGUUUGCCGCCGCCGCCGGUGCCGGUUCUGUCGUUGCCCAGUGCAGCGGCGCAAAUAUCGAGGCUGCCAAGAAGGCCGGAGCCACAGAGAUUAUUGACUAUAAGAAGCAGUCCAUUGACGAGUGGGCUAAGGAGAAUCCCUCUCGUGAGGUUGACCUGGUCCUAGACUGCCUUGGUGGACAGACUUUGGCUUCAUGCUGGUCUGCCAUUAAGGAGAAUGGUGUCUUGCUGAGUGUUGUUGGCGGCCCAGAUGAAAUGAAGCCAGAGUCUGUGACAAAGAAGCUGGGCAAGAGCACUUGGUUCCUCAUGGACUGCAAGGGCGAGGAUCUGAAGGAGAUUGCCGACUUUAUUGAUGCUCGGGGAUUGAAGCCCCAGGUUGACAGUGUUGUUGAGUUUGAGGAAUUCCAGGCUGCUUAUGACAAGGUUGAGCAGAAGAAGGCAAAGGGCAAGGUUGUGAUCAAGGUCGAUAUUUAA